AUGGAUUUAUUGACGGGUAUGGCAAAUUUUCACACAGUGGCUACCACACACUUGACUGAGUCCGCCCAUUCUCUCAAGCUGGUAUGGACUUCAGCAAACACCAGCAAGAUUGAGGUAUUCAGCAGAAUUAUCCAAUCGAGCGGGCUCGCUCCUCAGUCCCUCAGCUCCGGCGACAACUUCCGCAUUUUCGGGCGACCACAGCAAGACGCCACCCGGAAGUACUCGGACGAGAAGCUGGAGUAA